ACCCUGUGCCACACGUUUAUGCUCGCCUCUGCUCCACCCACAGUUAAAAGUAAGAGAGUUGUAUCGAAGAGAAAGAACUUGGAGCUUUCCCUCAACGGGUAAACAGUCUAUCUUUUCAUGCUCUCUGUAUUAAGUUCACACUGGAAGUAUGGCACUCUAUAAGGACGAAAGCCAGGACGACGGACCAGAAUGCCCGAUAUGUUACGAGUAUCUUUCUGGGACCGAACGAACUUUAAGCUGCGGACAUGUUUUCUGCCACGAUUGUCUCGUCAAAACGCUGGUGACCAUCAACAGCGAUGGAAAUAUCAGAAACACGAUCGUUUGCCCGAUCUGCCGACAUCUUACAUUCAUCGAAAAACAAAAUAAAGCGCUGAACUCACUCGAAGCCGAUAAUGAUCCGAAAGAGCGGCAGACCCUGAAGGUGCCUCUCCCUUUGCCGGUGGGACAGCAGCAGAGCGCACGGCGCGCCUCAGGAGACAGUUUACGGAGUGAAGUUUACUGUAUCACUCGCUGCUUUAGAGGCUUUUCUCAGCGAGCUCGCCGACAGAAGCGGAUCAGCCCCUGCCAAAAGGGAUCCCAGAUAUUCAUCAUAAGCGCCCAAGGGCGACCCAUGGCUGAAGGAGAUGCGCCCGGUGUUGUAAUAUCUGUGGCUCGCCCCCAGCGCAGGCGUAGGAUUUGCACGACAACGGGAUGGUUGUUCUGCCUGCUGUCUUUGUUUGUUUUACUCGCAGUGACAGCUUCGGUUUUUCCCUGGAUUGUACUGAUGUAGCCCAGCGAUCCGCAUGCCUCGGUCAAAGAAUUGAGUAAUUUACUGACAUUUAAAGAAAGACACGCGAUUGGCUGUAUUCAGUAUCCAGAAUUACUGAAAAUGGAGUGAUGUGCUUUAGUUGGAGUGAGGAUUUUUAAGAUGUUAUCAGUUUCCUUCCUUGAUUCUUUGGAAAAGUUUAUACACGUGACUUGUCCUUUACUGAGAAUCGCCAAGCAAGUGUUUAUCUUAGGAAGCCUCAAACAGUGAAACCUUUUGUUCUGCAAUCUUGUCUGACGUGUUCAACCUGCUGGAGAACCACAUAUCACAGCCCAUAGAUGGUAAAUCCAAUAAAAGUGGACACAGUAACGUAAUUGAACUGUUAAAAAGCUGAAGAAAACAAUCACUUUGCUGUUAGAGCUGCUAACUUUAGUUGUGUUACCCUGUUUGUUGUUCAACACCCUGUUUCCAAGCAGCAGCAAAUACCUUUGUGCGCAAAGCCAAGCUGCACAUUCAACCCCGAUCUCAGGAUUGUUUAGUUUGUCUGCAUUUGUCCAAAAAAGAAAGUCGAAAUGGUACAUUUAAUAUGAACUUGACCUUGGUUUAUUUAUUUUUGCAGACAAAAUGAGAUGAUAGAACUUAAAAAACCACACAUACUUGCAAAUGAUAUAUUAAAAAUAUACACUAAGUUUAACAUUAAACGUUUGAGCAAACUGUUAAAACACUUGUAUAUGGCAGUGCAGGUGGAGCCUCAUGACAAAUGCAAAGACUCAUUUUGACAGUGCGCUGUGCAGUUAUCACCACCAUACUGGGAAACCCGUACACUCCCAGUUUCUGUCAGUCUCUGGGUUGGUUGUCUUGCUGAGCCAGUCCUACAAGUUACAACCUGCAGAGGGUUCUUCCUUUCAGAUAUAUUUGUCUUCAUAAUGGUAAUAUUAAAAAGUAUUAGUUUAUAGUUUAUCUUUUAGAUAAUAUACCCUAUUACUGGAUUCCAUAUUGAUAGAUGGCCCCACAUUGAGAAUACAUUUGUGAUGAUACAAGAGCACAUAAGAAAUAGCCUCGAAUUAUUGACAGCAAAAAUUUUAAGUAGAAAAGGAAAGCAGCAUUUAAUGAACAAAGUGUAGCAAUGUUUCCAAUAUAAGGAAAAUAUAUCUGCCAUGCUAAUGGUGCUUUGUAAGUUUUUAGCUACAAUUAUUCAUUAAGAGAUGCUUACAUUUAAUUCAAAAGUAUUUUUUUAAAUCGAAAUGCUGAAUAAUGUUUUUUGAAAAUCAUAAACAAGUCUCGUAAAACUAUUAAGUUAUUUUGAUGAAAAGUUGGAUUUUUAAAUAUAAUCCUUUGAAAGUAAAUAUGAAAUACAUUUUUUAAAACAAAUUAUUAGUGUUUGUAAGGUUUAUUAAGCCACCUGUCUCCUUUUUGAACCUCAACAAUUCUUACCUACAAUAACUAUUACAGAAAAGUAGACUUCUCGUACUAAUAGAGUGAACUUUACUCCAAAUUCCUCUUUCCUCAAGACUUUCUUUAUUUUUAAGUGGACCAGGGACCACAAAUGAAAUCCUACAAUGCUUAGUUUUCUCGGAUUUUUAGGUGUUUUGGUGUGAUAGAACUGACUGCUGUGUAUUUAUGGCACAGGAUAUGAAUUAAACAGGCAGUCACUUCUGAUGCUAAUAACACUAAGGUCGAAAUUAAGUAUCAAAAACUGCUUGUUUUAAGACCUCUGAGGGCUGGCUUCCAAUUUUUUUUAGACUCCUAACUUUAAAAUAAACACUUUUAGGACUGGUUUGAAAAGUAAUUUUAUUAUAGCUUAUAUAUAAUUUCAUGACAACUAAUUACAUGUUUAACUGUAUUAGGUCUUGAGGCUGCUGUACCUUAAAAGUUAGAUGGCAUUAGAUGACAAAAUUGUGCAAAAAACAUAAUGUAUGAUGAUACACUGAUAUUUACAAUUUUCAACUUACACUGAUUGUAUGUAUUUUAACAAUCACUCCCAAUCAGUACCAUCAAAUGGUCAUUAAUUCUUUCCAAAAUGUCUUUCCAAACUUCAUACCCAGCUGAAAUGUGGUGUUUAUUAGUCUCAAAUGAGUGACCCAUGACAAAGGACUGCUAAGUCCUGUGUUUCAAGGCUAUAUAAAUAAAACUGAUUUGAAUUAAGUUGAAUUUACCCAAAAACUCAAUAGAAUAUACUGUAAUUUAUGCACAGAUAUUUGUUGCAUCUACUGAGUUUGUGGAUUUAUUCAUUAAUGUCAGUGCACAUAUGUGUCAGUCAAUGACAUACAUGCAAAAAGUGGUCAAGCAAGUUUGUCCUCAGUGAAGACAGUUAACACAUUGUGUUUGGGUCAGGUUUAACCUGUUUUGAUAUUUGACAGCAGCAGAAACUCUGUUAUUCUUUCAGCCCGAAAUGAGACUAUUCUGGGUCAAAUUUAACCAGCAUCUAUUUGAAAGCUUUUCAGAUCCAGUCAGUGUUAAAUGAAGAAAAUUAAGACUUUAGAUGAAUCUUGAAACUUUUUUUUCCAAUGGGUUCCUGCAGAGACAUCUGCUGGUCUUACAAGGGUCAUGGGUGAAUCUACAAACAGUGUUGCUUAUAUGCAACAGAGGUCAUACAGAGGUUGGAGGGUGUCUUGACCCAGAGAUGUGACCUGAAAAAGGGUGGUAUGGUAGUAGAGUAGUUAGCACCAUCACAUCACGGUGAGGUGAUUUUUUUUUUUUUAGUUAAAUAACAGCAGGGUCUUUCCUCCAUUUAUUCUUAAAUAAGUUAGAUUAAAAUUAUAGUAAUUAUUGUGUGACAAUAGUUGCUUUGUCUAAAAGUGAUUGUAAAACCUUUAAAAAAAAAUUCCGCUGCUCUUGAAACCAUUAAAGAUUAAUCAUCCAUUUAUUAUAUACACAGACACGGCUUUAUAAACAUCCUAAACAGAUCUGUAGCUCAAAAUUUGAGGGGAUUUGACAGGGGGAGUUUUUAGCCUAGGUCAAAAUGAACUCAAACCAUGUUGUGAAGGCACAGAAUAUGAACACUAGUAAGAGUUAAAUGUAUUUACUGGCAUACUUUUAACUUGGCCGCUGGCAUAAAGAAAUGUGUCAGAAAUAUGUCACUACCAGGGACAUCCUGUAGAGGGCAUAGCUUAACUCAUUAAUGAACCUGCCUAAAUUGGCACUGAUGUACAAAAUUUAACGGAUAAUAUCUAAUGGAGAUGUAUAAAGAUGAGUAUGGUAAACAGAGUAGAUAAAACAGAACAACAGGAACAGAAGAGGAAUUUUGAUAGAAAAAAAAUUGCAAGGUUUCAGGUGGUUGAUUGAAGUUAUAUAAAAUUUAACUUCAAUCAUGUUAAACGAUGUUUUCACAAAAUAACUUUGCAUACUGAGUCAGAUUUAUUCCUCAGGAAGUUAUUUUAUUAUAGUUUAUGAUUUAUGACGCAAAUCUUUUCAAAACCUCUUUACUACAAACUUGACAUUAAUGUAGUCAUAAAAUAUAGCAAAUACUUGUGUGCACUUAUAUUGGUGAUAUGAUUCUCCCAUCUUUCUCUCCAUCUUAAAACAUCAAGUACUCUACCUUCAGAUAUUUUUCAGAUAUCAUUGUCCUAAAGAUGACAGGAUCCUCCUGAAACAGAAGAGGGCAGUGUAGUAUGAUGUUAACUUGUGAUUUCACAAGCAUUUGAAGCAAUCAUCAAGUAAAGACAGUUAUAUUUUUCUUAGUAAUGAAAGUCUACUUUUCCAUUUGCCUGGAUUUGUUGUUCCUGUUUAGAUGUCAAACGUGACUCAGAAGUAAAUUCUCAACCAGAUGACCCAUUAUGUGUCCUCUAAAAUCAUCUGAACUCAGUGGAAGCAGGGAGUGUAAAAAGAGGCCACUUACCACCCCUGUGUAGUAAUAACUACACAAGCCAAAGUUUCAAGCAUUGGCUGUGCUCAGAAUGCAUCAGUCAACAUGCGUCAAGGUCGACACGUGCUGGGUAGACCUUAAUUUAUUGCAAGUGUGUAAGAUGAUUGACACUCGAAAAUGAGAUGUUAGCAGACAGCACAAAUAAUUGUGAUGCCUUCAUGACUAUGAAUGGCCACCAGCAUUUUGACAAGACAAUCGUAGCCAAAAGCAUGUCUACAAAUCAAAAUUCCUUUGGUGCCAAAACACAUUCUUGUUGUAUUGCUGGGAUUAUGGCACCCAGCUGAAUCAAUAUUCAGUUUGUAUGUAAUUUUGCUAAAACAAUGUCUGACUCAUUCUCUGUUCCUCUCAGCAGUAAAACCGCUCUGUGGUAGGAGUUUUUGUGCUAGCAUGGCUUUUUGUAAACCAGUUUAGAGGAUGUCCUGGCUGCAGACUUCCAGUGUCCAUUCGCAAGACAGAUCUUGAGAUACAAGAUAUUUGCCCACACCAGCAACAGUAAGACCAAAUUAUGAUUGGUGCUUUCAGAGAUACAACCAUGACUGAUUAUUGAUCUCUAUUUUUUUAAAUUAUUGAGAUCAAUUUUAAGAAGAACAUAAAUCCAGUUGUUGUACCCAAACAAGUACAAGGCUGAAGACAAUAGUAUCAAUACUGUAGGCAAUUGAUACUGAAGAUAGCCAAAGGGACUCAAGAAUGUUCAAUAUGCUGUAAAUGUUUCUUCCCCAGCUACUGAACAUGUACCAUAAACAUGACAACAUUGCUGUUUAAAAUUAUGGAACACAAUAUCCUGUAUGCUCAGAAUCAGGUUUUCAAUCAGUUUUUGCACGAAAGACAUUGUUAUCUGCAGACAAGCUCUGCUGCCUGGUCAAAACCCACAGUGUCAAAAUAGGCCCAGCAAAUUACCCAGCAAGGGUCAGAGACAAAACAUGGAGACAAGUUUGUUCACACUGACAAUGGUAAGGCUCAGUCAUACUCACUGGUGCUUCAAGAGAGACCAUAAGAAAGUCAAAAUCUACCUUUGCUCAUUACCAUUAUAUGUUAACAAACCACAAACCAAGAGAGAACCAGUUUCUGUACCCAAAGCACAAGGUUGAAUGCAGUGAUGCUGCACUGUAAUAGAGGUAAAAACAGCCAGGACGGUGUGCUCAGAAUGUGUUCCGGGCACACAUUAAUGUAAUGCUCUCAUUACAACAUCCUGGUAGCCAUCAUACUGCAGCAAAGUAAGCCCUCACUGCUGGUAUAUUAUAGCCAUCAAGAGACAAGAAGCACCUGAGUCACUUGGAGCAGAUAUUCCACAUAAAGGACAGGAGUGGCUUUUCUAUCAGUGCUGAAACCUUUGAUGGUUUCAAACACAAGAGUUAGGGAUGACAUACUCGUGUGGUCUAAUGCUCUUUCUGAUACUGGAAUUACAAAGAUAUGAAUAUGUUAUGUCGGUAUGCUACCCAACAGUGUUUAAUUAGAACUCGCUAAAGAUAAAUAAACAUGUUGGCUUCCUCAAAUUGCUCUGCUUAUCUCACAGCACAACUUUUAACCCUUUCACGCACAGUGGUCAGCCAGUUGUCCACAUGUAUAAAAAAAAAAAAACUCUUUGAAAAGUAUGUUUAAAAAAAUGAAGUUCAAAAAUCUUUUUCUCAUGCCUUAAGAUGAAUAAAAAUACUUAAGAAUCAGAAUCAGCAUACUUUAUUAAUCCCUAAGGAAAUUAUUAGGUUUAAAUUAGUGGAGUGUGAGGUGAACUAAACCAUUUUGCCUAACUUUGAAUGAGUGAUAAAAGAAAGGCUCCAGUAUUUAAUUAUUUAUUUUAAUCAAAGUGCAGUCACACAAUUGAUUUAUUCGGGCAACUUAUUUGGAUCUCAAUUAUUUAGAAAUAAAAAUGGCAAACAGAUACAAACUCUUCAUUCCAGGUUUCCAAGGGCUCCUCCAACUGCUUGGAUCUUGAGUAGUUACUGGCCUCCAUUAGGUUCUGUACUGUAAUACUUUCCAAUCUUGUAAAUGAGUUUCAGCUGCUAUCUUGUACACAAAGGAUUACCACAACAGCCCAUUCCAGAUGUUUUAUUUGGCAGAUUUUUAUACUACAUCCCCUUCCAGAUGUAAGCCCAAAGGUUCUCACAGAAUCAAAUUGGCAAUGUGUAAAUCACUACACUCCAAGGCCAUUUGUUAAUACAUUAAGAAACAAAUUACUGUCAGCAAUUGUAGAUCUUACUGAGGAAGCCUGUAGGCUAUAAUACAAACGUAUAGACACAAAAUAUCCUGGUGUGUUGGAAACUUGUCAGGAGCACAAAUACUGAAGAAUCAGCAGCUGCAGCUUGUUGUGGACGUUUCUGUUUUGUCUGCACGACCUCUGGCAGGAUAUUUCAUUAAUGUAUCUACAAAAAACCAGAAACAACAUAAGAAAACUUACAAUUUCACAUUUAAUAAACAUCAUAAAAAGCUGUUAAUUUAUUAACUUCCAGAAUGAACUUUCUAAACAAACCCCACUGCUUCAUGUUUGAGACAAACAGCCACACUAUUUAAGUUACAUCAAUUUUUUUUUUGUUCGUGAUUACUUAGAAAUACAGAGCACAAUAAAUGUAGUGAUUAAAUAAAUACAAAAAUGAAUGAAUAAAAGAGCCUUACCAUUAUCAAAAUCUGCGCUAACCUCUCUGGGGCCUCGAUAUCUGGAAGUCGGAAACAGCCAAAAUAUCCAUCAAAAGAAAGACGACAUGGUUGAUAGCAAAAUAGUCAAAAUCUCCAGUAGCAUCAAGAGAAAGUCUAGCCCAGUAAACUGAGAGUCACUGUGGAUUUGGCUGGGCUGUGGUUCAAGCUGAUCUAUAUCAGCAGCCUCAUCAGCCAUUGUUCUCGUUUGUUGUGCUUCUGCUGAAGAUGUAUGGCCAAGAACUAGUUUUGGGUUGCUGCUGCUACAGUGAAGUGCUCCCCAAAUUCUUUCCUUAGCAAGAUCUCUCUGCCCUUUUAGUCUGUGUGUGCAGGACCAAGGGUCUCUAUCAAGUUUCAGUACGGGGUACCACUGUGGGUGGGAGUUAUUCAGUAUACCCCUAACUGUCUUAACCCGGUGUCCCUCAAAAAAUCAAAACAACUAUGUAAUACUAAACAACACAGUAUUUUCCUUUUAAAACACUUGUGCUAAUCAAACAUAUAAAACACUUGAUAUAUGUAAGACGUUAUCCCUCCUCACAGACUUCAAAUUAGUUUAGUCCGCUGCCUACCAACCCCCAAACCUUACACAAUGGUGUGAGUGUUGUUGAGUAGGUAUCUCUGGUAGUAUUUGGUUAGAGGGCUGAGCUUUUAUCUUAGGUUAUCUUAGUUCUAUUAAAAUAAAGCACAUUUAAAAUUGUAACCAACCUGGUUGACUUUUUAAAAUGUUAAUUAAAAUCCCAAUUAUAGCCAUAACUCACUGUGACUUUCAAGUGCUUUUAGUUUAUUACAAUUGUUAUUUUUAUGAUUAAAAAAAUAAAUCUUUGCUUAUAACCUUAGAGCUUUACAAUCCAAAGAUGUUCUCUUCCUAAUACUGUUAUAAAUAUAUAUUAUACUGUUUUUACUGAAUGUCUUUGGAGAUUCUCAGCCAUUCAAGUUACUUAAAUUCAUGCAAGUUUUCCAAGAUAAUUUCCAGCAUUGCAUUCACUGCUAGUGAAACUUUCACAUUCCUACAUUCCACCCCACCCCCAAGCCCAAGGGUGGAGGCAGGAGCCCCUUGUAAAACAUGACCUGUUGUUAGGUCAUUUUAUCUUUUGUUAUUCAUGUGUGAUAGUUCAUCCUGCCAUGUGCCAUUGUCAGGUCAUCAAAUUUGCAAAUUUGAUUUCAUUUAGUGUAAAUUUUCUCAUGUAAAUAUACUUUUGCAUAUAAGGCAUGUGGCUUUUUAUAUAGUCUAAAAAAUAAUUGUUACAUUUUUCUGAAAAAACCCCCCCAAACAAAUGCAAAAAAACAUAAAAAGGCUGGCUUGAGAUGAAAAUGUUUAUAUUUAAAACCUAAAUGAUCAAAUACAUGCUUGUAGGACAUUUCAACAAGUACAGCCAUGUGGCUUUAAAAUGGCUCAAAGAAAAAACAGCCAAAAAAAACCAAAACAGCAAAAGCUCUUCUGCAGUUCUUCAGGACACAAUGGGAAGAUUUAACAAAUACAUCAUGGGCAUGAUGUGUGAUGUCUGUGGAAGUUUACCCAUAGACUUAUACGAGUGAGUUGUUUCUGUAGGCACAUGAGUUUUGUUGUUUACUACUGGAAAUAUUUGAUCACACUUCAUUUUCCUAGGUGCAGAACUAUGUGCAUACAAUUCAGUAUUAUUCAUAUAGCAGCAAAUCAUGUUGUCUCAAAGCCAUCCAUAAUCUAUCCCAACAGGAGUUAGACAUCACAGGUGGCUGUGGCUUAGAUGGUUUUGAGGUGUGAUGUUUGCUGUGAUGACUGAAGUUUUAACCACUGCCAUGAAGAAUAGUGGAGAUGUUAAAAAUAAAUAAAAAUUCUUAUAAAACUCUUAAAUCUGUGAUUAUUAGACACUACAAUUAAUCCAACUAGUUAAUCAGAUUAAGACUGCAGGGUACCAAACUGAAAAUGAUUGACUACAGGUGUGUGUGUGUGUGUGUUGUGUAUAGAUACACACACAGCUUUGAUUAGAGUGUGUGUGUGUAAUUUCUUCUUUGCAUAAGCCAUUUGUGCAAAGAGUUAUUGUUUGUAUUUAUUACAACACAAAACCAGAGUUCUAAAAUCUUUAAUCUUGACCAACUGUAGAAAAGGUGUGGGCCUCUUGAAUCAACUAUAAACAAGCAAUAUAUAAAAAUACAAAGUGCAGCAAUACGUAUUUAUAAAGUGACUCUGAAGUUUUCAAACAUAAUUUGUUGGCCACAGCGAUUCAUAAAACAAUGAAGAAAGCAUUCUAAACAUUUAUUUUUUCAUUUUUCCAGUCAUUACUGGAAAAAGUCAAACUAUAAAAUAUUAAACAUAAUAAUAAAUAAUCGUCGGUUUUCCUGAUAGCAGCUCAUUGUGGGGCUUCCCAUUCACAGGUCCUCUGGAAGGAGACUGGAUUGAUGCAUCUGCAGACAGAAACAAUAUUAUAACAAAAUGUCUGAGGAACGAGAACAAGCUACAGCACGAGCUGACUCAGCUCAUUAACUCUCUCCUUUCAACUGUGUACACCCAACAAGUAAAACGCAACAGGGAAAAAGAAGAAAAAAAACUACAGAACAUAGUAAAUAAUAAAGUCUUACCGUUAUCACAAAGUGAGGCAAUGUGUCAGUCCUGAGAAUGGAUGUUGGAGUCUGCACAUCCUCAUAGGUGACUCACCAGAAGCCACACCAGAAGCCACAUCAGUGUGAUCAAACAAAUCACCACUACCAGGCAAAUGCAGACUGAUUUGGUGACCCGACAAUCAGGAGGUUCAGCAGGAAUUCCGACAGCAGUAUCGCUGCAUGUCGUUGGUCUCACGUGGUCGCUGAUUGUGAAAACCUGAGACCCAUUCCUGUAGAUGACCGUUUGGUUGCUGCUUCGGCGAGAAAGUGUCCUCAAAUGAUGCAUCAUCCAGUUUCCUCCACGCAACACACAGUCUAUGGAGGCCCUCGCCGCAAUCACAAGAUACCCCAUCGGGAGAGGAAGAGCCACCCCCUGUGUGGUGUCCACAUCUGCAGCCAGGGUAUCGUCAGCUGGGUUCUCUUUGUUAAGAUAAGUGGCUUGACGGCAGAGAGGACAAAUGAUAGAUCCUCGACUCCGGGCGACUACCAUUAUUUUGCUCAGGCAGUCCUGGCAAAAGACGUGCCUGCAGCUCAGAGUGCGUUUUGCAAGCAGAACAUUUUCAAAGCAUACAGGACACUCCUGUGGGGCCUCGUGUCUAUUUUCUGCUGCCAGUGCCAUUAUUCCAUCGUAAAAUCAGCUGAUUACUGGUACAGUAGUGUUCUCCAACUUCUGUUCACAGCACGAAACUUUCUGCCCUUUUAAAGUGUGUGGUGGAGCAGGGGCCUGUACAAAGUUGUGGCACGGGGUGGCACUACCCACACAUAACCCCCCAAAAAAUCUGAUGCCUCGCACUG